AUGAAGAGACUGCAACUCCAAAGAUGGAGCAGCUCAGUCCUUUCGCCGCGGGCUCGGACUGUUAACCGUCUGCAUCAACACAUCUACGGGCAACGGUAUCAAUCGACCGCUCUACCGGUCCAAACCCGUGAUGAUCAGACAACAUCGAUUUUUGAAUCAGCGCCUCUGGAUGACCAAUUGACACAGAUUGUCAAGGACUCCCACAUCCGCCACUCGCAGCUCCAAUAUCCCUCUCCCCCAGUCGAAGCAGCUCGACAAUCUGCAAAACUUGCCGCUCUCCACGCUCGACUCUACCUACCCUCCAGAUUACCCAUCGAGACACUUGCACGAACGCUAGUCGAUGCAUCAGCGGAUCCGAACCCGAAUUUCAACAAUGCUUCGCUGGCCACUCUCGGUCACGACCUCCUUUCCUACUACGCAACCGAGCACCUUAUUUGCACCUACCCUCGCCUGCCCUUGACCGUGAUCUUCGCCGCCAUGUAUGCAUACGCGGGGCCCAAGACUCUUGCCGCGAUGGCACGAGAAUGGGGUGUAGACUUGGCUGCGUUGCCCGGCGGUGAGGUCGAUCCCGGUCUCUUGCAGUUCCAGAGGCUUGAGCCUGGCACCGAGCUUCCCUCGGGCCCGACCCACCCCACAACACGCCCAUAUGAAGCACAGAAGAACUGGAGGAAAACGGUCACUUCUAAGAUUUUCUACGAUGAUGAAUUCGGUGACCCGCUCAAGGGGAUCAAGCAAUCUGCAGCAGGUGUCACCACCGAGCAAGCAAGCGCCGAAUUUGUCCGAGCUGUCAUGGGCGCCAUCUACUUGCACGCUGGCCGCGCCGCUGCCAAGCGAUUCUUCGAACAACACUUCCUUUCACGACACCUCAACAUUUCAGAAUUGUUCAACUUCCAGGCGCCAGCCCGUGACUUGACCCGGUUGUGCGCUCGUGAGAGCUUCGAGCGUCCAGUCGCCAAGAUCAUCAGUGAGACUGGUCGUAAGAGUAGACACCCCGUCUUUGUGGUCGGUAUCUUUUCUGGUCAGGAUAAGCUUGGGGAGGGCGCUGGCGCCAGUCUGAUGGAAGGCCGCGAGCGUGCUGCUGUGGCCGCGCUUAAGGGUUGGUAUCUCUACAGCCCGCUUUCUGUGCGCGUUCCCAGUGCGAUGGAGGAGCCAUCGGCCGCGCCUUGGAAGCCGGUCCACGUUGACCUGGGUGAGGUCAUUGUUUAA